AAUAUCCAUUUUAGGGUUACAAAAAAUGCCUUCAAUUGCCAUUUGAAAAAUGUUUGAGAGACUUGGAAUUUUCUCUCCAACGAUCCUCCAUUUUCGCUCCUCCAUCACACUCCAUUCCGAUCUCCUCUCCUAUAGGAGGCAAAAAAAAACCUGACAAUAAUUCGCAGAUUAGGUUUCCAUCAUUCUCUUCCCUCCUAUGCAUUGAUCAAUGAUGGCGCUUUCCAUGAGAGGUCACUCCGUCUUCAUUAGCGACGUUCGUAAUUGCCAGAAUACAGAGCAAGAAAGUCUUAGGAUCGAUAAGAAGCUUGGCAAUAUUCGUACCAAAUUCAAAAUUGAUAUGUGUAACCGGGAUUCUUAUGCUUUUUUGAGCACACGCUGCCAAGCCAGGUUUCCAUUAGUAAAAACUUUCAAUCAAAAUGCUCCACUGGGAAAUGCGUUACCAUUGUCCAACAGAUGUGAAUAUAUCGACCUCCACAAUGUGCUUGUGCCUUAUGGUGAGGCGUGGGCGUUGCAGAAGGCCAUUGUUAAAGAAAAAAAAUAUUUGAUUGAGAGGAACGAAGAGUGCCCGGAUACUCUAAUUAUGCUGCAACAUCCUCCUGUGUAUACUCUGGGCACUGGUAGCUCUGAGGAGUUCUUGAAAUUUAAUUGGAAAGAUUCCCUUCAUGAUGUUAUUAGAACUGAACGCGGUGGUGAAGUUACCUAUCACGGACCUGGACAGUUGGUUAUGUACCCUAUUAUCAAUCUUCGAAAUCACAACAAGGAUCUACAUUGGUACCUUAGGGCUCUUGAGGAGGUGGUGAUUCGUGCUCUUUUCUCAACUUUUUCAAUUGAGGCUUCUCGACUUAAGGGCUUUACUGGUGUUUGGGUUGGAAACCAGAAGCUGUCAGCGAUUGGGAUACGGGUAUCUCAAUGGAUAGCAUACCAUGGACUAGCACUGAAUGUUUCUGUAGACCUGACACCCUUCCAACAGAUUGUACCUUGUGGAAUACGAGACCGUGAAGUUGGAAGCAUCAAGCAACUACUUGGAGAAGUCCAAGCAUCCCAUCAUGAAUCAAACGUAGAUCAACUCGGUACUGAUGAUUCUGUACUAAUUGACAUGGCCCAGAAAUCACUGGUUCAGGAAUUUUCUGAGGUUUUUCAACUUAAACUUGAGCAAGUAUCCUGGCCAGCAUCAUAUCUUUAGAGAAAGUAAAAUCCUUUGAGUUAUGUGUGAGUGUGCAGUACAAAUUGGUCGAUCAGAAGGAUUUUUCCGUUGUGUCCUCAAAAGUCACAAAUUCAGUACCAGCGCUCCUAUUUAUGUAGUAAUUUGAUAUUGGCAUUCAGCAUUAGCAAAGCAAAAACUUGUUACAGGGAUACGGUUUUGUAGGAUACUAGCAAGUUUUCUCACUCUUUAUUUAUUUAUUUAUAUAUUUAUUUAUUUCUGGGUAGGGGGUUGUAACAUCACUUGAACAAUUUACAUCAGACAUUACUGUAAAGAGAGAUUUCACUAAACUA